AUAUGAAAUUUUUGUACGUAUUUAAGUUUAAUUUUUUUUAUUAAUUUAUAAAAUGAGUAAUAAGUGUAAAAGUUGGGUGUGGCUAUACGCUAAACGUGAAGGCGACAAAGCGUAUUGUGAUUUGUGUAGUGAAAAUGAAAAUAAUGAAUUUUGCUGUAUUGGCGGAACAACAGGUUCUUUGGGUAGACAUUUGAAAACUAUUCAUGGUAUAAAACCACUCACGACUGCAUCACGGAGGGUUACUUCUGGUCAUGAACUGGAUAAUGCCGAUACCUUAACCAGUUCAACUACGACUGCAAGUUCUUCAGAAACACAUAGUUUGGAAAUUGAUAUACCAAUACCUAGGAAACGUCGACGAACUUAUAGGAAUCGGGAGGACGAUCGAAUUUGCAGCUCCGAAAAAACAGAGCAGAUACAUCAAGCAUUAGCAAAAAUGAUAGCCGUGAAUCAAAUGCCGCUAUCUUUUUGUUCAAGUGAAGGUUUUAAACAGUUUAUGACAGUUGUCGAACCUAACUACAAAAUAUGCAAGGAAGGAGCAAUAAAAUCAAGAUUGAAAGCAUUAAAAUCAUCGGUAAAAGAUAUAAUACAAAAAAACUUGAAGGAUUCUAUAAGUAUAGCAUGUACAUCUGACUGUUGGUCAUCGUUAUCUCAACAAAGCUAUAUAACAGUUAGUGCUCAUAUAAUUGAUGAUCAAUGGUGCCCAAAGUCGUAUACACUUACAACACAUGAAAUGGAGGAAUCUCAUAGUGCUGCAAACCUUGCUCACCAAUUAAAGGAUACAUUUGAUAAAUGGGAAAUUGAAAGUAAAAUUAUGGCUGUUGUCACGGAUAAUGCAAGAAAUAUAAUAAAUGCUGUGAAUACAUUAACAAAUAUAUCCGAGACAUAUGAUUUAACGUGUGCUGCUCAUAGUAUUCAACUUGCGGUUAAUAAUGGAUUAAAACAAGAUGGUAUUGAUACACUGAUCCAAUUAAGUAGUAAAAUGGUAGGUCAUUUUAAACAUUCUAAUUUGGCUAAACAUGCUUUAAUAAAAAUUCAAGAGCAGCUAGGAUUAAACCAACUAAGUCUCAUACAAAGUUGUAAAACAAGAUGGGAUUCUGUUUAUAUGAUGUUAGAUCGUCUUUAUACAAAUAGAUGCGCUGUAACAAAUGUUUUAGCUGACCGUAAUAUAACUAAUGUUGCAAUUGCAAAAAAGUUGGAAAUUUCCGAAAGUGACUGGACAAAAAUGGAAACUGUAGUAGCUUUGUUAAAACCAUUACAAGUUGUAACAACAAUUUUUUGUGGCGAAACACAUUCCCCAGUAUCAAUGGUUAGACCUCUUAUCUCAAAAGUGAUUGAAAAACACUUGAAAAUUAAUGAAUAUGAUAGUGAAGUUAUUAUCAGUUUUAAACAGACAGUAGUGUCACAACUUAAAGAACGUUUUAAGCUUAAUAAUUUAACAAACAUCAUAUCUUCAAGACAAAUAGCAUCAUUUUUAGACCCAAGAUAUAAAGAUUUGGAACAUGAGGAAAUCGAAAUAAGAGAAAAUAUCCGUUCUAAAGUACAAAAUGUUCUGGUUGAAAUGAAUACUUCGGAAAAUAGAGUGGAUAUUGAAGUUCGUAUUCAAAAAAAGAAAGGAUCACACGAAAAAAAAUAUCCUUUGGUAGCAAAGGUAGCAAAGAAAUUUUUGUCAAUACCAGCCACAUCAGUAAGCUCAGAAAGAUGUUUUUCAACUGCCGGGAAUGUGGUUACCCCCAAAAGAAACUGUUUGGCACCAGAAAAUGUCAAUAUAACAGAAACUACUAUAGGAAAUGAAUUUAAAAAUAAAUUAAUUGAUGUAGUUGGUAGACGUUUGGGUGCUAAAAAUGACAACACCGAAAUAACAGAAUCAGAUACUACACAAUCUACAUCGAGUGCUAAUAUUUAUUCUGUAUGGAAACAUUUUGACGAUAAAAUUUCACAAGUCAAAAUUACGUCAAAUCCAAAUGCUACUGCUUCUAUAAUGAUACGCCAGUAUUUAGAAAUUCCACCUUUAGAUAGGAAAAAAAAUCCUUUAGAAUUUUGGAAGCAAUAUGAAAUUACGUUUCCAAAAUUAUAUGAAAUGCAACGGAAGUAUUUAAGUAUUCCGGCUACAUCCGUUCCAUCAGAGCGUGUUUUUUCGAAAACGGGACAAAUUACUAAUGAACCUAAAGAAGAUGUACAAUUACAAGACAAUCUUAGUUUUAAAGAUAUCGAUGACAACAACAUAUCAGUUUCCUCAGAAAUUGAAGAGUAUAUUGAAGAGGUUAAAGAAAUUGAAAAUUCUAGUACCAUUGAAAGAAAAAACAUAUUAAAUAGAAGUAACUUAACAAUAUUACCAAAAGACUCCAAACCCUAUAACUUUAAUGGUAGCGUAGAAACGAAUGAGAUAGAAGUAGCAAGAUAUGAAUCAUUACCAAAAGGCUCCAAAGAGCGAAAAUUUGAAGCGGACACCUUAAGGAAGAAAGGAAAUUUUUUAAAUAAUGUUGAAGGAAAUAAAGUAAAACCAGUUCGUCGCCCUAAUGAAUUAAAAGAAAUCCCUUGUGCUAACAAUUAUUUGCCAUAUACUGAUAAUGAUUUAGUAAACAAUGUAUUUUCGAGAAUGGCUACAGAUGAGAUAUCAUUAGUUGCAAAAACAGAUGAUCUUAUUAAACAAUUUUGGUUCAAGGUAUCUAAAAUCACAUAA